AUGGCCAUCUCCCAGGCCUUGGCCGCUGCCCUUGCUCUCCUCUUGGGGGUCCUCAGCUUCGGUGAGAUCCAGGAGCAUAAAAAGAACACAGAGUGUCUCAGCGACUGCUGCCUCAUGGAUCUAGAAAGGAAGGGAGCCUUCUGCACCUCCAAAUCCAGGAUAGGCAUGAUAUGCUUGCCUCAGACCAAGGGGGCCCUGAACAUCAUGUGCCCUUGCCGAAUCGGUUUGAGCUGCUCGUUCAAGGACCCUAUGUGUCCCCGCCGGUGCCAGAUGUUUUAA